CAUGACAAUCAGCUUGGUUGCUUUGUUUAUAAACAUUCAUGUCCGUGUGUUGCUACGUCGCGUUUUCUCCGUUUCGUCGUGAAUAUUCGAUGUAAAUAGUGUUCCAUUUCUUAUUCCUUAGUUCGCGAUAGCACACCGUACGUGUGCGCCGCAGUACAAUUAUACCCAAGUGCCCCCCUUCCUCCCAGUUCCGGAUCGCCGGAUCAAUAAAGGCGUCAGCUCGUGUCGUGAAACCAAGACGGAAAAGCAACAACAAUGAGUGUGAGGCCUGGCCAACAGCCAGAGACGCUGUUUCACUCAUGCAUUCGAUUUGUGGCGAAAAAUCUUCAACUGUACAAAAACAUCGAGUAUCUCGAGCUGCUGCCCGCAUUGGUGAAAAAUGCCAUCUUUCUGAACGUGGUGCGCGUUCACAAAGGCUUCCACGACGAGGAAUUGCCCCGGCUGCUGCUCAACUCGUCCCUCACCCGUGUCAACCUGUCCACAUCGACCAUCACGGACGGCCUGCUGGCACUGCUGGCGGAAAAGUGUCCUCACCUGCGUAGCCUUACCCUGUCCGAGGGCAAUUACCGGUUUACCCGGCCCGGGCUGUGCGCAAUGAUACAGCGGCUGGGCAAGCUGCAGCAUCUGUACGCGAAAAACUGUCCACAGGUGGAUGACGAGUUUGUGCGGCUGCUGGCCACCAGCUGCCCCCAGCUGGACACACUCGAUCUCGAGUCGUGCAAACAGGUGGGCGACGGGUCGGCGGACUCUUUGAGCGGGAUGCCCCUGGUACGGUUGAACCUGUCGUACACGAGCAUUACGGACAAAUUUCUCAAAACGAUCGCUAACGAGAGGUGCGGAAAGACGCUUGAGGACCUGAACGUGGGCCACUGUCCGAUCACGAGCGACGGGCUGAAGGCGCUGUCAUGGAACACGAUCAAGUACAUUGGCUUCGAAGGGUGCAGCAUUGAAGAUCUUGAAAUUGUUGGCUUUGGCAAGCAUCUCAAGUACAUCUGCUGGACCAUCUCUAACUGAUACAGCGGAGAUAGCGGGCAAAAACGACAAACAUUCACGGAAUUCCUGAAUCUCAUACGAAAGGUAGUUUUCACCUGUAUUGUUUCUUUCGACAAGCAAGUAAAUUUGUGGACAGGAGCCUGCUUUUUGCCGCGUAGUAGUAAUAAGUAAUAGUCAAUGACAGACUCAUUUCUUACGAUUUUAAGAUUUUAUUAACGAAAAUCAUUUGUCUUUAAACAGUAUUUAAACGAAGUGUUUUGUUCCAUGGAGCACAUUCGACAGGCAAUAUGUAAUCCAGUGAUAGCAAUGAGACAAAGCGAGAAAAAAAAACAAACGUAUAUUGCAAUACUUAAGCACCGCUUUCUCUAGCCAGCAAUGCGGGCGGGGAGGCCAGUUUACCGUGGACCAACAAAGCUAACAAAGGUACGAAAAGGAAUCUGCUUGCUCCUAAAAGGAACAAUACGAUAGUAGAACUUACGCUCUAUCACACUAGAUGAUGAUAGCUAUAUUUUAACGGAUGUACUUGAACAGCAUCGACUACUCCUAUAAUCUAACUGUACUACACCGACACUGUUUAGCCACACAUACACAACCUAGCAUUAGGGGAGCGACGUUACGCCUGUAAUGUCGUAAUUAAACUAUUUCAAAAUAAUAAUACCACCACCACCACUACUACUACUACUACUACUACACGACUACUUCUAGCAAACCUUAUCUAGCCACUAGCAAAACAGACAAGCAAUCAAUUGUAAUACUACCGUAUAAGUAAAGCAAGCGCAGUUUGCGUACAUAGACCCACUUUAGGCAAGGGAGGAAAAGAAAGGAAAAUCCUUUAUCCCAGUAUAUUCCCCCGUGCUGCAUCCUUUUUACACAAAACAAACCACAAAAAACGAUUCCCAGUGGUAGUGCGCAACGCCCAAAAGGAUUUUCAAAAGGACCAUUAAGUAUAGCAUUAGUAAUAAUAAGCUUUUAUAGGACGUACAAGCUACAACGCGAAUUGUAGUUAAACGUCCACAGUGCAGUAAUGCUGAAGGCACAGGCAGGUAGCAGCAGCAGCACGCAGUAACAGAAAAGAAAAACUAUUUUAACGCGGUGAUUUUAUUGUACCAAUAGUAAAGACACCGCCCAGUUAGGAGAAGAGUAAAAAUCAAACCAGUUUUUCGUCUGAUUGAUUCCAGAUGGGCGGGGUAGAUCAUUCAGGCCAGCUUUACAGCGAACUCAUUUUAUUUUUUAAUUAAAUGCAUCAUCAACAUUAGUUUUAAUGAAA